AAUCCUCCUACUGAUGCUCAUCAAGAGCUCUGAUAGGUCUUCUUGCCACCUGAGGAGAAAAAGUGUAAAAGAGCAUCUGGAAACAAUGACUGAGAUGAUUAAGGUAAAGUUGUGGUCUGCUGCUCGUUUCGGGCUGCUCGGUGUGGGAAUUGCGUUGACGUGCGUUGGAGCGUAUCUACUGUCUCUGCAGACCGAAUACAAGUUCACACGGAGGGUCAUCUCAGCUUACGUCAUUAUUGCAUGUGGGUUACUGGCUGAGCUUGUUGGUGUUUUCUGGGCCAUCUGUCACAGUAUGAAGAGCAAGAUAUACCACAGAGAUGGACAUGACCAGAACAUUCACAUCUACACGAUUGAAAGGCCCAGCUCCUACCCCCCAUCAUAUGAGGAGUCCCAGAGGAGCCAGGUGUGUCCUACAAACUGUGAGUCCAUCAUAGUGAUGGACGGCGUGGACGUGACGGUGAGCCUGGCCCCUCCGCUGUACAGUCUGAACAGCUCAGAGGCUCCGGACUGCACGUGGAGCUGGGAGCAGCCUCCUCCUUACAGUCUGUUAAAGCCCGAUGUCCAGACACACUCAGAGGAGCAGGAGGCCUCGUCUGGAAACUGACAGAAGACAAACGUUUUCCAAAGCUGCUGACUGAAAAGGAAGGCACGCUAAUGGUGGAUUAAUACGACUUCCACGCCUG